ACCAGCAAAAAGAUUUGUGUGGCCAUACUAAACAAUUACCAAAUGCAAUACCUACAAACAGCUCUCAGGUAGAACACCUUUCUGCCUGCCCUCUCCCUCCUCCUGUCACUCUCUAUCUCAUACUCACUCUCUCUCCCUCUAUCCCUGUCUCUUUCUCCGUCUCUCUCUAAUUCCUACCUUCCCUCCAACCUCCUCCUCCCAUCUUACCUCCUCUCCACCAUAAGGCUCAAUGAUCAACCCAGUUGGCGUAAAUAGUAACUAUUUCAGGGACAGGGGCGGGUUGGUCGUGGGGAUAAAUGACCGUCUGCUCUCCUGUUCCAGUCAGCAUCCCAGGGAGCCUCAAACAGAGAGAUGAGAGAAGCACUCAAAAACCUGGUAGGAGCGCAGAACAUCACUCACAAACUAACUGAUCAUGAGGCACUUGUGACAACUGCUGAUGUUAAAAGAGCUUGACGAAUACACUUGAUUAACUGAUGAGGCACACUUUGAAACGACUCAUCCUUUUGUUAUGUGGCACUUAGUCUAUGUUACAAACAAUGUAGGCAUAUGCAUCCAAUUUGACUGUUGACAGUAAUAUCAAACUUGAAUCAUGUCUGUGUACUGUAUACCCUAAUGUUGCCCUUUGUUUCCAUGAGUUAUGAGGUACAGUUUGGAGUGAACAGGGAUUGACAUUAAGGUCUGAAAGGCACUUCUCCAUCGAACAAGUCAGCAGUAUUUUGUUGGUCACUUCUCUCUUGCACGAAAAUGUUAUUUUCACACAACAUUGUCAGGACCUUUUGGUCACUUAAGUAAACAACAGGGAGGAAGCAGAAACAAAUGUUUUACUGGCCCGCAGGGCUAUGUCGGAUGCACAACAUUUGCGUGCGGUACUGGAGGCUUUACCUGUUGACGUUGGUAUUGGGAAUUGGGGGAUCAUUUCAAAUGGGGAUGCAAGUUUCCAUCAUGGCUUCUCCAGCUGAGCACAUCCAGAGCUUUGUGAACCAGACCUGGCUGAGGAGGUAUGAAGUUCCAGUAAGCGAUUCAACCAACAUGCUCAUCUGGUCUUUCAUAGUGUCUGUGUUCAGCCUGGGAGGAUGGGUCGGGGUUAUACACAGUGGCAGCCUCCCUGUCACCUACGGCAGGAAGAAAGUCCUGCUGUUCAACAACAUAGUGGCCCUCGUAGCCGCUGUACUGAUGGUCUUCAGUCCCAUGGCCAAGUCCUUUGAGAUGAUCCUGCUGGGCAGAUUUCUCUAUGGAUAUAAUGCUGGCCUGGGGUGGAACGUGCAACUGAUGUAUCUGGGCGAGAGUUCACCCAAGAAGCUGAGAGGAUUCCUAACCAUCACCAUCAACAUCUUCAGUAGCCUGGGGAAAGUCACGGGUCAGAUUGUUGGAAUCAAGGAGCUGAUGGGUACCGAAGACAUGUGGCCCUGGCUCAUGGCCCUUGGUGGCCUCCCUGCCAUCCUCCAAUUUGUGACCUUGUUGUUCUUCCCUGAGGCUCCCCGCUACCUAUACAUCGACAAGGGAGACACUGAGGGAUGCAGAAAAGCCCUGCACUGGCUGUGGCAGGAAGAUGACCUGGAGAUGGAUGAAAUGGGGAAGGAGAGAGCGAGCAUGCAGGGCCAGAAUGUUAAGACCAUUUGGGAUGUGCUGACUUCUCGCUGUGUCAGGUGGCAGCUGCUGGUUCUAGUCAUCCCCUGUGCCGGCGUUCAGUUCUGUGGGUUUAACGCGAUUUAUUUCUACGCUUUUGACAUCUUCCGUGAAGCUGGAGUAGCAGAGGACAAGAUGCAUUACCUGUCCAUUGGCAUCGGAACAACAGAUCUCAUCACCAUCAUUCUCUGUUCUCUGUUGAUCGACCGCGCGGGCAGGAAGAUGCUGAUGGGCUAUGGCUACCUGUUGAUGGGAGUCAUCAUGUCCAUCCUGAUUGUUAUGCUGUCUAUCAAGGACCUGUACUCAUGGGUCCCGUAUGCUAACAUCGCCCUCAUCUUCUCUGUCGUCUGCGUUUAUGGACUAGGACCUUCUGGAAUAGCCAGCAUCCUCCCUGCAGAUAUCUUCCUGCAGGCCUGGAGACCGUCCGCUUACGUCAUUUGCGGCUCCAUCAACUGGUUAAGCCUGUUCUUGAUUGGAAUGUUCUUCCCCUUCCUAGUGGAUGGACUGGGCCAGUUCUGCUUCCUGAUCUUUGUAGCAUACUGCCUCUUCAGCGCAGUGUUUGUGCUCUACUUCAUCCCAGAGACCAAAGGCAAGGGCAUGGUGGAGAUCAUGGAGGACUUUAACAAACUCAACUACAAGAACAGGGGAACAGACACGGAAAAGGCUGACUUUGUUAUGGCAACGAAAUUUUAAAGAAAUGUAUUGAGUGGCUUGAGCGAUAUUGGUACACUCUUAGAAAAAAAGGGUUCCAAAAGGGUUCUUCGGUUAUCCCCAUAGGAGCACCCUUUUUGGUUCCAGGUAGAACCCUCUGUGGAAAGGGUUAUGUUUGGAUAGAAGUGUUAAGAGAUGUACUUUGUUUAGUUGUUAUUUUGAAUGUGGCUUUACAGCAACAAAAAAAAAUCUGUCAUAACGCUGUUCUUACAUUCUAGUCAGGGGUCCUAUGUAGGGCUGUGGUGGUCAUGAAAUUUUGUCAGCAGAUGAUUGUCAAGCAAAUAACUACCGGUCUCAGAGUAAUUGACCGUUAAUGAACAUAAAUACAUUUAGCAUCUCCUGGCUUCCACUCAUAGCCUACAAGCCUAAUGCAGACCUUUGGAACAUCUACAUUUAAUCAAGUCUAAUAAAUCCAUGUAAAAUUGCCCACACCAUCACAAUAAAUAGAAAAUGUAGUCUAUUUCAGAAGAACAGAAUAGCAUACUCUUGCGUUGUCCUUUUGUUAGGCCCUGAUCUGGCAAUGCCAUUAUUGCUGUGGGUUACACUAGUUCAUUUAGCAGACAAGAUUUGCUUAGAUCAAAUAGAUGCAAAUGAUCCAACUGUUGUUUUGAAUGGUGUGUAAUAUUGAAUUGUUUAGAACAGAUUGUGAUAAUAAAUGAUGUAUCCUUUGGUUAGAUUGGAAAAUCAAUGAUCGAAGUUAAUACAUGUCUACAGGCUUCCUACUUUGGUCCCGUGCGGUCUAUCAUUCCAUAGACAUCCUUCAUCAAAACCUUUGUUAUAGCAAGAACAUGACGACCUAAUAUUUGUCCGAAUAAACAAGACCAUUCAAGCCA